GUACAUCUUCUGCUGUCAAGAGGUAGCAACCCUGAUCUACAGGAUGAUUCAGGCGACUCGCCGUGGGCCUGGGCACGCCAGUUCAAUAGACCCGUGAUGAAAAUGAUUCUUUCCAAAGACCCUGACUCCGAUUUAUUACUUGGAAGUCAAUCAUCACGGGAUAGUGCGCUACCGCUGCAUCAAGCAGUCGCCCAUGGUUCUGUACCCGCUGUCCGGCGGCUUCUUAGACGAAAAGACCCGGCGCUAGACACCCAGGACCGGAAAGGUUACACGCCGAUCCAUCUCGCCAUCGAAUGCAAUCGCCUUGAAAUUGUUGAUUUGCUCCUGAGGCAUCCGCGGGCCAACGUGAACUGCACAGACAAAGAUGGAAAUACGCUGCUUUGGCUGUCUACCUACUGCUCUUACUAUGAGAUAACCGAAAGGUUGUUGGCCGAGAAAGAUAUCGAUGUUAAUCUUAUUGGGGGCCGUGGGAGAUUCGAAAUGCCGUCUACAUCCCUACACCACGCCGCGACCAGAUUGGAUACCGUGCUUCUACUACGACUGCUUGCGGUGCCAGAGAUUGACCCGAACCUCUGUGUUGCAGGUCACUCUCCAAUCUCCAUUGCCGCAUCCCGCGGGUGCGUGAGCGCGGUUGCUUGUCUACUGAGUAAGGGGAGCGUGGAGAUCAAUGGAAGGGGCUUCAUAGAUCCGCCAAUCUGCCAAGCGGCUGCACGCGGCCAUCACGGUGUGGUCAGGCUAUUAGUGCAAGAAGGCACACGUCUGAACAUCAAUGAAAGCACGAUCGCAUCUCACGACACUGCCCUCUGCCUUGCUGCCCGUCGUGGUGACUUGGAGAUGGUCCAGACACUAUUGCUUCAUAAUCAAAUUGACGUCAACCUUCGGAAUGAAUAUUUCGAGGAUCCAUUGAUGUUGGCAGUCAAGGAUGGUCAUUCCUCGAUUGUUAAUGCUCUUUUGGCAAACACCGGACUCAAAAGCUUCAGUUUGAAGAGAUCGCUUGAGCUAGCAAGAGACGACUGCAUCCAGGGGGCUAUUCAGAAUAGAAUAGAAGCCGACAACUCUCGUCCAACAUUGUUAAGGCGGUCUCCGAGGAUGAAGUUUGGUGGUUUGUACAGUUAG